AUGCCGAUUUCUCUCGUUGAGAAGUCUGGUUUUCAAGCCUUGGUGUACCAUCUAACAUGCCGAAACAAGCCUCAGUACGUUAUACCCUCUCGUCGGCAAAUAUCCCGGUGGCUCAGCGAUCGCUUGGAUAUCUGUACCGCUGGUUUCAAGGGCCUUCAGAAUUGUGCAGCCAUCGGAAUCACUACGGAUGUUUGGACGAGGGCUAACAAGGAAAGUGUGCUCUCCUUAGUAGCACACUACAUUCAUCCGGCUGAUCCGGAAAAUAAUUCGCUCACCGGCUCCUUACAAACAAGGGUCAUCGGCUUUGAGACCUUGAGGUCAAAGCACACGGCUGACAAUAUCAGCUGUCUUCUAACAACCACUCUCAAUAAAAUGGGCCUCCAAGGAAAG